UGAGCACGAUGACCUGAUCCAAAAUGGACGAGCCGACCAACAACAGCUUGGCUCUAACGGACUACCUCCUGGCCAGUAAUGGCCUGGACUAUGACAUUCCUCUGGACGAGAUCCCGGACACCACGCAAGGGCAGGCCUUCUUCGUGGCCACCAUUGUCAUUGCCGUGGUCCUGGUGGGCAUCAUGUUGGUCUGUGGAGUGGGGAACUGUCUGUUCAUCGCCAGCCUCGCCCGCUACAAGCAGCUCCGCAACCUGACCAACCUGCUGAUCGCCAACCUGGCCGUGUCGGACGUGCUGGUGGCGGCGGUAUGCUGUCCUUUCCUACUGGACUACUACGUGGUGAAGCAGCUGUCGUGGGAUCAUGGCCUGCUGCUCUGCGCCGCCACAAACUACCUACGCACCGUCUCUCUCUACGUGUCCACCAACGCACUGCUGGCCAUCGCUGUGGACAGGUACAUGGCUAUCCUCCACCCUCUGAGGCCUCGUAUGAAACUCCAGACGGCGUACUGUGUGAUCGUGACAGUUUGGGUCGUCCCCAUCUUCAUCUCCAUCCCCUCUGCCUACAUGGCCUCUGAGAUGACAUACCCACAUGUGGAAGGUCGCAGCUACAAGACCUUCUGUGCUCAGAUCUGGCCUGUGGACCAGCAGGCAUACUACCGCUCCUACUUCCUUCUCAUCUUGGCACUGGAGUUCAUUGGCCCAGUGACCGUCAUGGCCGUCUGCUACAUCCAGAUCUCCAGGGAGCUGUGGUUUAAAGACGUUCCGGGUUUCCAGACUGAGCAGAUCCGGAAGAGGCUUCAGAAGCGUCGGAGGACGGUGGUGGUGCUGAUUCUGGUGCUGGUAGCAUACAUCCUGUGCUGGGCGCCAUACUACGGCUUCGCCCUGCUGCGGGACUUUUACCCCACCCUCAUAUCCAGGGACAGGAACUCCCUGGUGGCCUUCUACAUCAUUGAGUGCAUCGCCAUGAGCAACGGGAUCAUCAACACCCUCUGCUUUAUGAGCGUCCGAAACAACAACAAGCGCAUGAAGAAGGCGGGCAAGUUCCCGCUGAGGCUGGUGACUUUUGUGGCCACCAAGUCUCUUGAUGAAGGCGAAGCACGGACCUCCUCCCUCCGAAUGACGGAGGACGUGGAGGGAGCUCGGAGGUCAAACAUAUGACAGUUCAAAGUGCAUUUUAAACCUGUAUUACCAGACCAGAGGUGGCGGCGCCUUCAAUGGGAUUGGACAGUGGAUUAAACGUACAGCGAAGAAGACAACAAGGGGCCAUGUUUGUAGUUCUGUUCCUGAAAAGCAGGGCACAGUUUGUGGAAAUACUGGAUUUUAACGUUGGUUUUAUCCUGGGAAACAAUGUUCUCAUUCCGGGCAAACAAACACCUGUGUGGCCGAUGUCUCAUUUGGGGAUAUUAGCUCAUCAAAUCACUGGUGUCAUCGCUCUGAAACAGCUGAGCCAAUCACAGUAAAGCAUGAGGAAAACAACUCAACACAUAAAGAAUCAGCUUCUUCAGAAAGUCUUAGGCUAGGUUCACUCUGCAGGCCUUAAUGCCCAAUUACCAUUUAUUGCCUAGAUCUGGUUGCUUUGAUUGACUGUUCACAUAAUAAUUGUGUAAUAAAUGUGUGAACUGGA